UAGAACUUUCCAUUCCACUACCCGAUCAAACACGUCGAACAUCUAAAAAAAGACGUAGUUUUAAAACCAGUUUUUAAACUAGGAAUCAAGAUGAUCAUCCCAGAGGUGGACAUGUGGACCGUGUCCAAAAGUGUCCGGGUGCAUCGACUCUCAAUCUUCAACUGCGAUAAGCCCGGUCUGAAGGUGCUGGACUACGCCUCAGUGAAGGGCAUCGAUUCGUUCUACUUGGACUGCCAGAACUACAGGGAUUACUUCAAGGAUCCUUACAAUCGCGUCCACAAGCCGGCAAGAUUCAGGACUUAUGGUGGCAGGUGCGGCGUGAAGUUGGACAAUGCCAAUCAGUGUCUGGACAUGCCACCUGUGUGGGGCAUCGAUCGCCAACCCAUCGUCUACCCAACCGAAUAUCACUCGGAUAUGGCGUUGGGCAGAAGGGAUUGUGAUCACAUUAAGGCAUUCUGUUCUCCAGCUGAAAGCCUGAGCUUCAAGCGAUAGAUUCGUCCAGCCAAACGGGUUUCUAAUGUGUUACCAGUUUUAAUACAGUUAUCAGCAUUGCAAAACAAA